UCUCCGUUCCAAUCAGAAUCAAACCUCAGAACACAUUACAUUCCACCAAUCUUGUUCUUGUCUGCAUGCAGCAGAUUGAGAAACACACCCUUCUUUCUCCUUUCUAUCUCUCUCUGUUUCUUCUCACACAAAUCUCCCAACAGCCAUUUUUUCUACCAAUGGCAGAACUGAGAUCAGGUGUUCUAUUCAAGCUUCUAGAGGAAAUGGGUGUAGGAAAAGCGCGAAGAAACGUUGAUCAAAGACCAGUUUUGCUUCAGAUAAGAAGCAUAAUCCCCGUCCUAGCAGCUGGAGGGUUAUGGCCAAACAAAGGCUUCUUCUUGAGAAUCUCAGACUCAUCGCAUUCAAUGUACGCCUCCUUGCCGAGAGAAGAGAACGACCUUGUCCUCUACGACAAGUUACAGAUAGGUCAGUUGAUAUUCGUCGAGAAGCUUGAGUUUGCUUAUCCGGUUCCUAUGAUCAAAGGCAUCAGACCAACACCAGGUCGAAGGGCUUGCACCGGUGAACCUAUCGACCUGAUCCCUAAAGAACGUAUAGAGAAGUUCUGUGCAAGCCUGUCUGAUACAGAGGAAAGCUAUGAUGAACAAGUGAAGAGGCCGAGAAGGACGAGAUGGAGCAGCUCAAGCGUCUCCGAGAUGAAUGUUACAGAUUUUGGGUUGUUGAAGAAUCUCUCGAGUGUAAUGGAGGAGAGGGAUGAUACAGAGUCAAUGGUUUCAAAUUGCUCUUCUUCUUUGUCUUCAGCAGCUAGGAGAAGAAGUUGGAUGGGUUUGGGUGAUGCUAGAAAGAGAAGAGAUUCAUUAGAUCCAUCUAUGGUUAAGAGUCAUGUUCAUGACAUGAGAUUACAUGUUUCAAGAACUCGAAGUUAUCCUGCUGCUUCUCCCUCUCCUUCUGUGAGGAGCUGUGGAGUGAUAGAGGAGAAGUCAAGUAGUAGAACAAGAAGAAGAGAUAGUGUUGUUUCACCAUCUCCAAAAUGGGCUAAGAGUUUAAGCUAUGGAAGUGGAAGAAGUAAGAGCAAGAACCUUCUUUUUCCACCUAGAAGCAAUACCCUAGAAUCCUCGGAUUCGAUAUCGAGGAAAAGAAGCUGGACAGAGACAGAGAUUCUCUGGAACUCACUUCCUCCCAGAGUUGCAAACCUAGGAAAGGAGAUUCUGAGGCAGAGAGAUAAGGCUAUUCGCGCUGCGUCUCAAGCUUUGUUAGAGGCUUCAGCUGCUGAAAGAUUGCUCAAAUGUCUAAGGUCAUAUUCGGAGCUUUCAGACAAGAGAAAUCAACACCAUCAUAAUCAACAGCCACCUAUAGGAGAGUUCUUGAGUUUCCAAGAUGAGUUAAGCAAGAGCAGGCUAAUCAUAAAAUCAUUAUCAACUGAAGAAACAGAGCAUUGCAACUCAAGAACGGGAGAGGAAAGACGCGAAAAGGCGACUCAGUGGAUCAAAUCAGCUUUAGCUACGGAUCUCAAACCGGUUUCUUUACCCGCAAGUAAGCCUAAGCAGAGUCCCGCGAGAAAGAGUUUUACCCUAAUCGCUCAAGAAACCAAUAACCGUGAAGACAACACAAGGGAAAGAGACAUGGCGUCGGGAGAGAGAAAGGAGAGGUUAAGCAGAGCAGCAAGAGAACUCAGAAACUUGGUAAAGGAAGAAGGAAGAAGGUGGUACUUGAGUCGUGUUGAGAAGUAUUUAGAUGAGAUCAGUAACGUAACAAAGUGGAGAGAGAUGAGUAGUCAGCAAGUAGGGGAAACAAUGUAUCAGAUAAAGCGAGUGAGUGAUUGGUUAGACACUAUGUUUAAAGGAGAAGAGGAGGAACAAGAAGAAGAGGAAGUGGUGAUGAUGAUGACAGAGUCUGAAAGAGAGGCUUGUGGUAGAGUGAGGAACAAGAUUUAUAGGAUUCUUUUGAGACAUGUUGAGAAAACUUCUUUGUUAAGUCAUCAACGUAAUACCAAUCUCAUGUCUCAUCAACAACACUACUGA